AUGACAUGAGUGCAAACCAACGUACAGAUUGCUUCUUCAAUCUGACAACACCCGAACGCAUCGACCUUUUUCGGCGUCGCCAAGCUCUUCGGGUGGAGCAUGUAUUCCGUACUUUCUAUGGAUGGGCAAUGCUUCCAUUAGCCAUAUGUGGAGCAAUUGCCACUAUUGUAUUCAUUAUUUGUUGUUAUAAGGCGAUAAAAACCCGGCGUGUAUCUCGAAAAUGUUAUGCUCUUCUCAUGAAUCGUGCAAUCGGAGAUGCUCUCACGUGUUGUUCGGCGUUGGUGACGUGUACAUAUGUGCUGACUUGGCAUGACAUAAACCGCGACAUGGUGGUAGUCAUCGAGUCGUUUUUCAUCGGAAGUUUCUGGUCAGCAAUGGUGUCCUAUUGUUCCUUAUCCGUACUGAAAUUGUUUGCCGUGUGGAAACCGUUUCAUUACAGAAAAUGGUUCACAAUGCGGAGAUGUGUCAAUUUGAUGAUUAUUAGCUGGACAAUACUUGUACUAAUGGUCAGCUACACGUUAGCCGUCUCCGCGCUGGUGAAAAUCCCGGAUCUAAACGCAUGGUCAGGGUGUAAAGCAGAGACAUGUCUCAGGAAUAUGUAUCGGUCGAGAAAUCUGAUGACUGCUUCUGUCUACUGUUUCACUAUUAUUGUAUUCGUGGUCACGUGCUUCUUCAUACGAAAAGCUCAGAAUUUCAGUAAUUCGUUUAAAAAGCGGGAGAAAGACGGUGGCGGACGGAUUCGGAUGGUGAGAUUCCCGUUGUGGAAGCUUGCGCUGAAUGUUGGAACUUUUGCGAUUUUGAUGGUUCCCUACGCUAUUUGGUGCAUUGGCUUGGUACUGAACCCGUACCCAUGUCUUUUCCAACGGAAUUACGCGGAAAUGAUGCGACUCCUCGGAUGUAUCCGUCUGUUUCUGGUGAUUCGGUGCAUUUUGGAUCCUCUUUUGGCGUUCUUCACAGAUUUCCAGCUCCGUCGUGGUCUCCUGGAGAUAUUCGGUCAACAAAGAAGAGUCGGCGACCAGCGAAGCACUUUCAAGCAGUCGUACAGUUCAUCAAGCGCCGAUCAAAACUCUGUGAUCGAUCGAUCAACUCGAAGUCAGACGGUCACCACUAUUGCCAGCUCCUUACCAUCCACCAAAGACAAAAAAUCGGCGAGUUUUGGUGGUUUAGAGGUUGAUCGGAAGGUUGAACGAUUCUAAUUAUUGUUUUAUUAUACACAUCUUGUUGCAUAUUUCUUUUCCUUUCAACUCAUAUUUCAAAAAUUCCAAAAUAUCUCACUUUGAACGCUCACAAAACCCCCCAACUACUUGAUUCGAUUUGAUACAACUACGGUUUGAAUAAAUAAAGUUUAAUUAU